UUGUUUUGCUGCUGACAUGUUUUUACAGUAGCGGAAGACAUCGCGAUAGGCAAAGCCAAGCUGCUAAUGAGAGCAAGGCGUCAAUGUAAUAUUUCUAUCAUUGCUUUCUUCCUAUUCGGUAUCAUUUACCAUGGGAAAGAGGGAUAACCGAGUGGCAUACGUCAACCCCAUCGCUGCUUCACGCUCUAAAGGACCGACGAGCUCAGGACCUAGCAUCCAGGACUACUUGAGCAGACCUCGGCCGACAUGGGAGGAGGUGAAGGAGCUGCUGGAAAGGAAGAAGAAAGGAUCCAGAGCUCUGGCAGACUUUGAGGAGAAAAUGAACGAAAGCUGGAAGAAGGAGCUGGCCAAGAACCGAGAGAAGCUGUUGGCCGACCGAGGGAGAGAGCAGGAGAAGCAGAAAAGAAUUGCAGACAAAGCAAAGGAGAAAAGUUUAGCAGGCAAACCAAAGGUGAUGAAUAUCGGAAUGAAAGGACAGAUCUUCCAUAUAGCAGUCAAAGAAAAGGAGGACAAUGUAAUAGACAAAGAAAAGGACAAAAAAGUAUUGGACAAGGAAAAGGAGAAGGAGGAGAAAAAGGAGAAGAAAGAGAAGAAAAAGAAAGAAAAGAAGGAGAAGAAGGAGAAGAAGAAAUCCAAUAGGCAUUCUCCAUCUUCCUCCUCCUCCUCAUCGAGUUCUGAUUCCUCCAGCAGUUCCUCCUCAGAGUCUGAUGAUGAGGGUGAAAAGAAGAGUGUAAAGAAGAAGCGGAAAAGGAAGAAGUCGUCGGCCAGGAAAGCUUCGGACGGCUCGGCUGCAGAGUCUGAUGCGGAGAGCAAGCAGAAGAAGAAGAAGAAAAUCAAGGAGGAAGGUGAUGAGAAGGACGAGAAGAGCCGGCACAGGAAGAGGAAGGCGGAGCGAAUUCACAAGGACUCUUCCUCAGGGUCCUCGGUGGUCUCUGAAGGGGAAGAGGCUGUUGACGCCAAGAAGAAAAAGAGAAGCAGUGAAGAGAAGGACAGAAUAACAAAAUCCAAGAAGAAGAGGCGGAAGAAGCACAAGAAGCACGGGAGGAAGAGUAAGAAGAGGACGGCGUCGGGCUCGGAGCACGACUAGGACCCGCGGCCUCAUCGCUGGGACCUCACUCACUACAGACGCCCUCCUCCUCGACUACAAGUCCCAUCCCUCAGACCGUGGCUAUCCCCAUGGAAGGACGCCUACAGACUUCUAAUGCUGGUUUCCCGUUGGUGCAGAGAGAGUCUGGACACAACACUGGGGGGAGCAGGGAAAGUCCUCCAAUGAAACGAGCCACGGCUCUUUUCGCUCUUGUUUGUACCAUUUUAGUACCAUUUGUUUUUCUUUUAUUUGUAGAUGAUAGUUAAUUGGUUUCGACAACGGGGCGACAUAAACUUUGAAGUCACCACACGGCUCUCUUGGACCCAGGGUUGAGCCGCCAAGCGAGGGCUGUGUUUUUCGCGUGCGUGUGCGUGCGUGCGCGUGUGUGUGUGGUGUUUGAGAAACCCUGCAGAGUUGUAGAGCGACCGUGGUGACAUUAUUCUGGGAGCUUUUUUUUGUUCCGUUCAGCACCGAGGGAUUUUCACAAAUCACUCCAUCUCACACGCGCGCACCCUGUGAAUAAUGCAGCUCUACACUUCUGUGUUGUCUUUUUAAGAAGUCCCUAGGCAAGUACGGUGUUUCUGUAGCACCAGUGUCAUGCAUGUGCAUUUAAGACCUCUUUUGUCUUGCCAGCCUCAUAUUGAAGCUGGACUUAUUGUCAUUUUCGGCAGUCUAGCCAAGAUUUAUACAAGGGAUAACUUUGAAAAUGCUCUUUACGCAGGAAUGUUGAUGAAUGUGUUGAUAUUGAAGAAUUCCUUAUUAAAGUAUUCUUGUUUUAGCUCCGACUAGAGUUAAUUUAUUCACAGAAUUUAUUCCUGCAUGACGUGGUCUUUAUACAAUCACCUGAAUGUUUCGCUAUGCAACUGCAGUUUUCUGCUUGGCUGCAACAUUCACCCGGGAACUGGAGAAAUACCUUCAUCACAUUUGCUUCUGAACAAAAUAAAAGAUUUUUCAAGAAUUGGACACUAAAGUGACUUUUACUUUUAAAAUCAAUCUAGAUUACCAUUUUGUCAAAGCUUGUUAAAUGCCUACCAGCAAGGAUGCAGUGAUCUUUAUUUAAAAAAUGCUACUGGAAUUGUACUGAUUUGAACAGUCUUGCAGUGGUGCACCUUAGGAGGGUUUAAUCACCCUAUAUGUAAAUCCAUUACAGAGUCGAUUCUUCUUUAAAUGGAAAAGCCAAAUUAGAAGUAGAAAUGGUCCAGUUCACAAUUUAAAAGUAACUAUUAAAAAUAUCGCUUUCUCUUCCCCAUUUAAUCCAGAAGGUAGUUUCAAUAUGUAUCAUGAUUACACAUGAUACGGACCAGAUGGGAAGCCCCUGAACUUUGGCAAAACCAUUAAUACAGACCUGACUUUACGAUUCCGAUGGGGAAUCAAGGAAGCAACCCAAAAAUAUAGAAAAACCGUUACGUCAAACUUUUUCCUUAUUGUUGUACACAACUGCUUGAUUUUCUUUUCCUUCAAAUACUUUUUAUAAGCACCUAUAUGCUUAAACAUUCCAUUCCAGAACAGACUUUUUGCUUAUACACACAGAAUUGAUAUACACACAGAAUAGAGGUGUCUAGUCUAUUUGUGGUUGUUGUAACUUUAUUUACUAGCACUUAGUAGCUUGGUUAUCUUUAUACUUGCUUGUAUGUCAGUAUAUACCACAGGCCGAUAUGAG